UAUUAUGAAUAUUACAGAAGUAUGUCUCUAAAAAUUAUGUUUCGUAUAGGAUGAUAGGGAGGAAGUCAUACAGGCAUGGUACAUGGAUGAUAGUGACGAAGACCAGAGACUUCCCCAUCACCGGGAACCCAAGGAAUUUGUGUCCCUGGAACAACUUGCUGAACUUGGAGUGCUCAGCUGGCGGUUAGACGCUGAUAAUUAUGAAACAGAUGAGAAAUUGAAGAAAAUUCGUGAAGAACGUGGAUAUUCUUACAUGGACUUUUGUGAGGUUUGCCCGGAAAAGCUGCCAAACUAUGAAGAGAAAAUCAAAAACUUCUUUGAAGAACAUCUUCAUACUGAUGAAGAGAUCCGCUACUGUGUGGCUGGAAGUGGUUAUUUUGAUGUGAGGGAUCGCAAUGAUGCUUGGAUUCGUGUCUUGGUAAAGAAAGGUGGAAUGAUUGUCCUGCCUGCUGGAAUUUAUCAUCGCUUUACACUCGAUACAGACAAUUAUAUAAAGGCAAUGCGGCUUUUUAUUGGUGAUCCUAUUUGGACUCCUUUCAACCGGCCUCAUGAUCACCUACCUGCUAGAAAAGAGUAUGUUGAGAACUUUGUGCACAAGGAAGCUGCCAAUCAUGCUGUUAAUACUGCUGCAGCUUGAAAUCUGUUUUUUUGGCUUUUAAACGUUUGGAACUAUUCCGUGACUUCUUAUAAAAAAGUGGAAAAUGAAAAAUAAAGAGAACUGUUGUGGCUCUAUUAUACA